AUGUUAACACGGCAAUCGCGAAAUGACGUCGAAGCACAAGAAGAACAAACCAUCGCACAAAACGACAUCGAGUCAACAGAAGCCAAUUUCAAAUCGUUGUUGAGAAAGCUCGCUUAUUUUAACCGAUCUACGGCUGAUGCUCUAGAAAGUGAGUACGGAAGUGACAAAAUAAACAGACAAUAUACUUUGCUUAAAACCAAACUGGACGAAGCGUACGUUUUAAUACAAACUAUACAAGGUUUAAAGUUAGAUUCCGACGAGAGCGACGAAGCAAUCGAUCAAUGGACUCAGGGGAAGGAAAUUACAAGUGCAACCCUAUGA